AUGGGAUUACUUUCGUCGUUGCUUUGUUGCUCGAUAGAGUCGAAAGAUGAUAACGAUGACAAGAUACAUCAUCCAUCUACAUCCAAUGGUGUUGCAACAACCACAUCCAAGAAAAGUAAUGCAGCUGUGACAUCUGCAAGUUUGAAGGGAAACUCAUCGCGGAAUAAUCAGCAAGACAAGGCAAAAAAGAUAAAUACAACCGAGACAACCAAAGCUACUACUACUACUACUACUACUACUACAACAACAAAAACAAGAACACCAACGACAAAUACAUCUAAACUGCCUUCAAAAACCACUUCAGGGCGACAUGGAAAGAACGCAAGUAUUAAUGAUCACAAUUCCGAUUUAAUAAAAGAUAACGAUAUUGAUGUGAUUGGGGAUGAAGAUGAAGAUGAAGAUGAGGAAGAUGAAGUUGACGCAUUGAAACCAUCCAAAAAAGAUCUAUUAGAUGAUGAUCAAUCGAUAAAUGAAAUUGAAACCAUAGCUAAUACGAAUGAUGAGUCAAAUAAUAACACACCAAAGUCUAGUAAUGAUACAACCAAAACUGACACUAAUAAUACUAAAAUUAAUACUAGUGAUAUAAUAACUCAAGUGCCAGAGAAUGGAGGCACGCAUACAAACACGAACUCAAGCAGUACCUAUCAAAACGAGAAUCGCAACGUGAAAAAGAAUGAAGCCAGCAAUGGUGAAGAUGACGAUAAUAACGAUAACGAUGACGAUGAGGAAGAAGAAGAUGAAGAAGAAGAUGAAGAAGAGGACAUCGACGAUGAUGAUUCACUCGAAGAUUUGACUAAAUUACAAGAUGGUCAAGCAUUCAAUGCAGAAACAGGGUUUUUAUUGGGUAAAAAAGAUAAGAAUUUUGGUAACAAAAAGUGUCUUAUAUUAGAUCUUGAUGAAACUUUGGUACAUUCAAGUUUCAAAUACUUACGGAGUGCCGAUUUUGUCAUACCAGUCGAGAUAGAUAAUCAAAUACAUCAUGUUUAUGUUGUGAAAAGACCGGGCGUUGAUGAAUUUUUACAAAAAAUGGGCAAACUAUACGAAGUUGUUGUUUUCACAGCAUCAGUACUGAAAUAUGGUGAUCCACUAUUAGACAAGCUAGAUUUAUACAACUCGGUACAUCAUCGAUUGUUUCGAGAUUCUUGCUACAAUUAUCAAGGCAAUUUUAUAAAAAAUUUAUCACAAAUUGGUCGUCCCUUAGAAGAUACCAUAAUAAUUGAUAAUUCACCAGCAUCAUAUAUAUUCCACCCUGAUCAUUCUAUACCUAUCAGUAGUUGGUUCAGUGAUCUGCAUGAUAACGAAUUGUUAGAUUUGAUUCCAUUUUUGGAAGAUUUAGCAAAACCAAUUGUCGAUGAUGUUGGAUUGGUUUUAGAUAUAUCCUUAUAG